GUCCGCCGAGUCUACGGCCUCCCCCUCACAUUGCUUGAGGUUCAUACGAUGGUCCACGUCAUCUGUGCCGUUCUCAUGUAUACCCUGUGGCCCGAGAAGCCCUUGGACAUUUCCGAGGCCGAGAUGGUGUAUGACUCUGAGUGAAAUAUCGCACUUGCUGUCAUGAUCCAGAGGGAAUUCUUUCCAGACGAGCAGAUUCUGCCUCACCCGCCGGAUGAAGGGUCAUAUUCCAAGAGCGGCACUAUCAUUGGAAAUUGGAAAUUCAUAGCCCCGUAUGGUACCGCUACCGAUGUCAGUUGUUUGCAGCGAUGGAAGGAAGUGGCAUCCGAGCUCAACACCCAGGCACAUUCCACUCGCAUAAGAAACCCCGACGCGAAAGAUCUUCUGGGUCGUCCCGAAGGGAAUCCCGUAUCCGAGACCGGAAAUCUUCGCAUGUCCUACUCAUCCGCAUUCGUCGAUGCAGUAACGCUCGGAGACGCUGUAACACCAAGGCCGUUUAUUGUCCUCCUUGCUGCUGCGCUCCCUACUGUAUAUGGCGGAGUACAUUUGAGCGCAUGGAACUUCGAAUUCCCGACUACCGUGGAGCAUCUGCUGUGGAAAAUCAUGUGCUUUACUAUCAUCGGGGCUGUCCCGGCGAUGCUUGGCACCUUCGCCAUACUAUUCUUCAUCGCCUUUUGCGUUUCCAUGGUGGUCGAACUCACUACCGGGGAAGAUGUUGGUGGUCACUCUGCGUCUCUGCCAAGAGGCUUUACCAAACGGUUGGGACCGUCGUUCUAGUUGUGUAUGCCUGCGUAAGACUCUACAUUGUGGCUGAGUCCUUCCUCAGCCUUCGGAGGGUGCCCAUCGGAGUGUACUACACUCCGUCGUGGCUUCAGAUGGUUCCACACGCCUGAGACGUGGCCUGGUAACGAGCAGAUGGCUAUAUGUUAUAUCACACCGCCCCCUUUCUGUCUCUAAUAUCCUCAACCCGCGACGCAACUACCUCCGGGGUUUCGGCCCCAACCGCAUGGACAUCCCUUGUU